AUGAAUUCAACUACAACCGCUCUACCAACCAUCUCAAAGGCCCUUUCAGCAGGAACAACAAUUACCUGGGCGGGAACUGCCUUUCUCCUUGGACAAACCGUCUUCCAACCACUAUAUGGCCGCAUGUCUGAUAUCCUCGGCCGUAAGCCGGUACUUCUUGUAUCUGUGGGAUGUAUCUUUAUUGGCGAUCUUCUUUCUGGCUGGGCACAGAAUGCCCUUUGGCUAUAUAUAACACGUGCAGUGAGUGGGAUUGGUGCUGGGGGAAUUAGCUCGCUGGUUGCGAUUAUUGUGAGUGAUUUGGUGAGCCUGAAGGAUCGCGGAAAGUACCAAGGCAUGGUGAGUAUUGCUAUUGGAUUGGGUGCCCUGGUGGGUCCAUUUAUUACUGGUAGUCUUGUCCAAGGAAAUGAAGACCGCUGGAGGUGGGUAUUUUGGGUCCCCUCGAUUCUUGCAUUUGUAUGCGCAAUAGUGCUUGUAUUUCUGUUGCCCUUGAAGCCAGUGGUUGGUAGCUGGCGAGAAAAGGCGUCGAAGAUUGAUUGGUAUGGAGUUUUAGCCUCUGUUACGGGCAUUGUUCUGUUGUUGAUUCCAAUAAAUUCCGGCGGAAGUAUCUGGUCAUGGCACAGUGCUUUGGUUAUUGCACUUCUCACACUGGGGAGCGUAUCCCUUGUCAUAUUUAUCUUCAAUGAGGGUCUACUUGCAAAGAUUCCACUUAUGCCAUUACGCCUGUUUAAACAACGAUCUCUCACCAUCAUGCUAGUCUCUGGUGCACUGCAUGACUAUGUCUGGCAAGCAACGCAAUAUUUUAUGCCGCUUUAUUUUCAGGAGAUCCGCGGUUUUUCUGCUCUGGAGAGUGCUACCCUAAUUUUACCAUACGUGUUAUCGCAAAGCAUUGCUGGUGCCAUCUCUGGGCCUUUGAUGAGUCAAUUUUCUAGAUAUGCGCCUGUACUGCGAACGGGGUUUCUCCUUUGGACAAUAGGAACAGGUCUCCAUCUCCUAUUUAGCCGGCACACUCACGUCGCAAUCUAUGUUGUGGUGCUUGCGAUAGAAGGUGCUGGAGUCGGCUUCGUUCAUCAACCCGGUCUUGUGGCUGUGCAAGCUCUAUCCAAAACACAGGAUCGGGCUGUUGCAACAUCCACUAGAAACCUUUUGCGGUCUCUUGGGUCUGUAUUUGGCGUUGCCAUUUCGACCGCUGUACAAAACGCAGCUAUAAAAUUGUCCUUGCGUGAUGCAAUUCCUUCAGACCUUUUGUCAGAGGUGCUGGAAGGGAGCUGGAGCAGUGGUGAUGCUAGCACUGAGAAGUACCGCUCUCGGAUCCUGGACGCAAAAAUGCAGGGAUUUCGAGUCGUCUUCAUCAUACUCGUUCCUAUUAUGUGCCUCUGCUCCAUCGGUAAUUUCUUUGUCGCCGACACAGCGCUAAAAGGCGAUGCGCAAAGGCAGAAUCAGGAAAGAUUAAAGCCAUUACCAAGCAGAGCAUUGGAAGUUUCAGGGCCAACGGGAAACCUCGAAAAAGUUGACUCUGAGGUUUAA